UGCCAACUAUUUCUGCUGUAUAAGUUCAUGCACUUGCCUCGAAGCUUGUCUGUUCGAAAGCCAUAUCUUGUAGGAUACUAGUGUCGAGUGCCUGCAUACACCGCCGAAACUCAGUAGCCUUUUUUUGCCUGUUAGUCUCCACUUCAAUAGUUCGUCCUAGUCCACAAGACAUGUUUGGCUUGGUUUCCCCGUUCGCCCGUGCCCUCUCGGGCCUCCGCUCUACUGCCGUGCCAUCCAUGGCCAUCAAAAACUCGAUUUUUGCCUCGUCCUCGCAGCUCCAGAUGUCGGUCAGAACGUUCAAGGUCAGGACCUCGGUGAAGAAGUUUUGCAAAGACUGCUACAUGGUCAGGAGAAAGGGGAAGGUGUACGUUUACUGUAAGUCCAACGGCAAACACAAGCAAAGACAAGGUUAAAACUCGCGUCCAUCAAAUUUGGGGAGGGCUUCUUGGUUCUUCCUCGGCGCUGUGCUCCUGUCACACCCGUUUUUCCCAGGCCUCCUCAUUGGGGACUUUGCAUGAAUUCCGGGUCUGCUCGCUCGGAAUUCACUCCACGGAUGCAUAUUUAAAGCUCAGUCAUCGCGGUUGGUUGGCUUCCAUGUACAUAUACCACAGGACUGAACCGUCCCUCAGAAUACA